UUAUCAAUAAAGUAGUCCUGAAAUUAACUCGAGUUUGUAUAUCUGUGCCAUACUAUCGAAAUAGCAGUACUGCAUUCCUUCAAGUCUCCAUGCUAGAGAUAUACACUACUGUAAUGAGCUCUUGGAAAUGGCCUUUCCCUUUCAUUUUUCUCAGCAUUACAAACCUUGUUUUUCUUGUCAAAUCCCAGUUCCCAACUCCAAUUUUUUUCCAUUACGAAUGUCUAAACAAUGGUAAUUACACGAAUAAUAGCGCAUACAAGACGAACCUUGAUACCCUCCUUUCCUCAGUCUCGGCUAAUAUUGACACCAAUGGAUUCUACAACGCCUCCUUGGGAGAAAAUCCCAUUAGAGUCUACGCUAUUGGGCUCUGUAGAGCAUAUCUUCAGCUUUAUCAAUGUCGUGAGUAUAUGGAAAAUGCAACAGCCAUGAUCCUUAAAUUUUGUCCUUAUCAAAAGGAAGCAAUUUUAUGGCACGAAUUUGGCAUGAUACGAUACUCCAACAAGUCCAUACUUGGGACUCUUGCAUAUUUCCCAUAUAAGGCGGGUUAUAGUGUGGAAAGUGUCCCAAAUCAAGACAAGUUUUACAAGGAGCUCAACAUAUUGUUGGAUGCUCUUCGUAAACAGGCCGCUUAUGGCAGCUCGCAUAAGAAAUUUGGUGCAGCCAAUCGAGCUUACCCAGAUUUUCGUACAAUUUAUGCAUUUGAACAGUGCACACCUGAUAUAAGCCCAGAGGAUUGUAGUGCUUGUUUAAAACAGUCUGCACUAAUUAUUCAAGAUUGUUGUAGUGUGGCAAGAGGAGUUAGAAUUCUUAGGCCUAGUUGCUAUCUUCGUUUUGAAACCGAUCCAUUCUACAACGAGACUAUGGUUAGAAUACUCGAGCCUGUAACAGCACCGCCAGGUAAGUAUUCAAUAUUUUUUGGUUUAGAAGGCGAUCGUAACUAUUUUACAUAAGGUAAAAAAAACAGAAGCUGCGGCGCGGGGGUGAUGAUACAGGGGAUUUGGGGGUGAUGGGGAAGAUUAAUUGAAUUUUCAAUUUUAUUUUCGUUUUAUUUUUAUAUGUAAUUAAAUGCAUAUCUAUUUUAUUCCUCAAAAAGUAAGACGUGCAAAUCAUGUGCCUUUUACCUAUCAGUUAGUCAGUUUCGUCCCCUGAAUAUCGACUUGCUACUCGUUGGGGGGGGGGGGCUUUAAUCAAUAUUUCAG